AAACCCUAUUCACUGCUACUACACCAUCGCUUUGACAUUUCAUGUACUUAUUGUCUCUAGUAGCAAGAUUUGUAGUUUUAUUUUAAUAUAAAACUAUUUGUAAAGUAGUGUAAGAAUGUCUAAAUAUUGCUUUUCGGAUAUUGAAUUAAAAAUUAUUUCGGAUCAGAUUGAAAGACGUGCAAAAUAUAGGCAAGAAUUUCUGAAACAAAGAACUGAUCCAUGUAAACAUGCUCAGCAAGCAGGUUAUGUUUUUGAUCCAGCACUUCAGAGAUUUAUAUCGAUGAAAACAUGCCAGUAUGAUCACUUUCAAGCGAAUACUGGAACGGUUUCGAAGGCAAUAUUAUUUUUGGCUCCAUUUUUUAUCUACGGAUAUCUUGUUUGGGAGAACCGAACUAAAUUUGAAAAGGAUUGCCGCAGCGGCAAACUGGUGUACCGCGAUCGGAAGUUUAAAUUCCAAUAAAAUAGCUAUUGUUGAAUGUUUCUACUCGAAUUAUUCUAACGCUGUUAGACGUAGCUGAGCUUUACAUUUUCACCGUACGAAAAUGGUGUACAAGGUAUUACAAACUCGCGGAAAACCGAACCAAAAAUGAAAAAGAAUGCAGUAAACUGAGAAGUUUAAAUUUCAA